AUGGCGGACCCGGCCGAGUGCAAUAUCAAAGUGAUGUGUCGCAUCAGGCCCCUCAACGAGGCGGAGGUGAACCGCGGCGACAAGUACGUCGCCAAGUUCCAGGGGGAGGACACGGUCGUGAUCGCGUCCAAGCCUUACGCAUUUGAUCGUGUAUUCCAGUCAAGCACAUCUCAAGAACAAGUAUACAACGACUGUGCAAAGAAGAUUGUUAAAGAUGUACUUGAAGGAUACAAUGGAACAAUAUUUGCAUAUGGACAAACAUCCUCUGGGAAGACACACACGAUGGAGGGUAAGCUUCAUGAUCCAGAAGGCAUGGGAAUUAUCCCAAGAAUUGUGCAAGAUAUUUUUAAUUAUAUUUACUCCAUGGAUGAAAAUUUGGAAUUUCAUAUUAAGGUUUCAUAUUUUGAAAUAUAUCUGGAUAAGAUAAGGGACCUAUUAGAUGUUUCAAAGACCAACCUUUCAGUUCAUGAAGACAAAAACCGAGUUCCCUAUGUAAAGGGGUGCACGGAACGUUUUGUAUGUAGUCCAGAUGAAGUUAUGGAUACCAUAGAUGAAGGAAAAUCCAACAGACAUGUAGCAGUUACAAAUAUGAAUGAACACAGCUCUAGGAGUCACAGUAUAUUUCUUAUUAAUGUAAAACAAGAAAACACACAGACAGAGCAAAAGCUGAGUGGAAAACUUUAUCUGGUUGAUUUAGCUGGUAGUGAAAAGGUUAGUAAAACUGGAGCUGAAGGUGCUGUGCUGGAUGAAGCUAAGAACAUCAACAAGUCACUUUCUGCUCUUGGAAAUGUCAUUUCUGCUUUGGCUGAGGGUAGUACGUACGUUCCAUAUCGAGAUAGUAAAAUGACAAGAAUUCUUCAGGACUCAUUAGGUGGUAACUGUAGGACCACUAUUGUCAUUUGCUGCUCCCCAUCAUCAUAUAAUGAGUCUGAAACAAAAUCUACACUCCUGUUUGGUCAAAGAGCCAAAACAAUUAAGAAUACAGUUUGUGUCAAUGUAGAGUUAACUGCAGAACAGUGGAAAAAGAAGUAUGAAAAAGAGAAAGAAAAAAAUAAGACCCUGCGGAACACCAUUCAGUGGCUUGAAAAUGAACUCAAUCGGUGGCGUAAUGGGGAGACAGUACCUGUUGAUGAACAGUUUGACAAAGAGAAAGCCAAUAUGGAAGCUUUCACAGUAGAUAAGGAUGUUACUAUUACCAAUGACAAACCAGCAGCCACGAUUGGAGUUACUGGAAGUUUUACUGAUGGAGAGAGAAGAAAGUGUGAAGAAGAAAUUGCUAAAUUGUACAAACAACUUGAUGACAAGGAUGAAGAAAUUAACCAGCAGAGCCAACUGGUAGAGAAAUUGAAGACACAAAUGUUGGAUCAGGAAGAGCUUCUGGCAUCUACCAGAAGAGAUCAAGACAAUAUGCAAGCUGAGUUGAACCGCCUUCAAGCAGAAAACGAUGCUUCUAAAGAAGAAGUAAAAGAAGUUUUACAGGCCUUGGAGGAACUUGCUGUCAACUAUGAUCAGAAGUCUCAGGAAGUUGAAGAUAAAACUAAGCAAUAUGAAUUGCUUAGUGAUGAAUUGAAUCAGAAAUCGGCAACAUUAGUGAGUAUAGAUGCUGAGCUUCAGAAACUUAAGGAAAUGACCAACCACCAGAAAAAAAGAGCAGCUGAGAUGAUGGCGUCUUUACUGAAAGACCUUGCGGAAAUAGGGAUUGCUGUGGGAAACAAUGAUGUCAAGCAGCCUGAGGGAACUGGCAUGAUAGAUGAAGAAUUCACUGUCGCCAGGCUGUACAUUAGCAAGAUGAAGUCAGAGGUCAAAACGGUGGUGAAGCGCUGCAAACAGUUAGAAAGCACACAGACUGAGAGCAACAAGAAGAUGGAAGAAAAUGAAAAAGAGUUAGCAGCAUGCCAGCUUCGUAUUUCUCAGCACGAAGCCAAAAUCAAGUCGUUGACUGAGUAUCUUCAAAAUGUGGAGCAAAAGAAAAGACAGCUGGAGGAAUCUGUCGAUUCUCUCAGUGAGGAGCUGGUACAGCUUCGAGCACAAGAAAAGGUCCACGAAAUGGAAAAGGAGCACUUAAAUAAAGUUCAGACUGCAAAUGAAGUUAAGCAAGCUGUUGAACAGCAGAUCCAGAGUCACAGGGAAACUCAUCAAAAACAAAUCAGUAGUUUGAGAGAUGAAGUUGAGGCAAAAGAAAAACUUAUAACUGAUCUUCAAGACCAAAACCAGAAAAUGAUGUUAGAGCAAGAACGUCUAAGAGUAGAACAUGAGAAAUUGAAAGCUACAGAUCAGGAAAAGAGCAGAAAACUACAUGAACUUACGGUUAUGCAGGACAGACGAGAGCAAGCACGACAAGACUUGAAGGGUUUGGAAGAGACAGUGGCAAAAGAGCUUCAGACUUUGCACAAUCUACGCAAGCUUUUUGUUCAGGACUUGGCUACCAGAGUUAAAAAGAGCGCCGAGAUCGAUUCUGAUGACACUGGAGGCAGUGCUGCCCAAAAGCAGAAAAUCUCCUUUCUUGAAAAUAAUCUUGAACAACUCACUAAGGUGCACAAGCAGUUGGUACGUGACAAUGCAGAUCUUCGCUGUGAACUUCCUAAGUUAGAGAAGCGACUUCGAGCCACAGCCGAGAGAGUGAAAGCUUUGGAGUCAGCACUGAAAGAAGCCAAAGAAAAUGCAUCUCGUGAUCGCAAGCGCUAUCAGCAAGAAGUAGACCGCAUAAAGGAAGCAGUCCGGUCAAAGAACAUGGCCAGAAGAGGGCAUUCUGCACAGAUUGCUAAACCUAUUCGUCCUGGGCAGCAUCCAGCAGCUUCUCCAACUCAUCCAAGUGCGAUUCGUGGAGGAGGCGCAUUUGUCCAGAACAGCCAGCCAGUAGCACUUCGAGGUGGUGGAGGCAAGCAGGUGUAAACGUGUGCAUAUUCACAGGUAUUGAAAAAUAAUUGAAGCAUGAAGAGGACAUAGUAUCAGUCAUUCAGUGACUAUAACCUCUAUUCCCUUGGGAUUGUAGAAUUAUAAUUUUCUAAAAAAUGUAUACACGAUACCUGCCCUGUACAGCUGUUUCCUACCCACUCUUCCUGUAAACUCUGCUGCUUCCCAAGAGAACUAGAGUGCAAUUUCAGCGUCUUGGAGGGAGAAUGACAGUUUACAACUGUGGCCCUAUUUAUUACACAGUUUGUCUUUUGUGUCUUACAUUUAGUCUUCACUGUGCCAAGCUGACUGUUCCUUAUAGGACUGUGCUUUUUUGUAUUUGCUUUUUGCUUAUAUGUUUGUUUUUUAAUUUCAGUUUCAAUUACCUAGCCACUUCUGCUGCUUGUUUUUCUUUUUCUACUAAAAUGUCUUCCUUUUUUUAGGAAAAAUGGAAAUUUUUUUAGGGAAAAUUUUAGAUUAAAUGUCUUAAAUUUUACCACUUACAACAAACACUACAUGCCCACAAAAUAUAUUAGGUCAGUACUGUAUUUUAAAAUCGUUUGCGAUGAAAUCAGGGUUGAAAUGAUUUGUAUUGUCUCUGGUGUUUGCUUCUGAAAACUGUUGUCUGAGCAUGGAAACCUUGCAGCUGCCUGGCGAGGCGUUUGAGACUGAGCGAGUGAUCAUGUCUCCUGCAGUGCCUGUUGCCCAAUUAUUUGGAAUGGGAAGAUUUCAUUUAUCAAAAGCAAGUCUCAGUUAAAGAGAGGACUUGGAAAAGGAAUCGCAUCUCUCUUCUUCCUAUUCUGUACUUACCAUAGCUGAUGGAAUAAAAAUGCCCUGCUUCUUUCUGAUGAGCCUGCCAGCUAAUAGAGGAAUUGGCCAGGUAGUAAUUUAUCAUUUUUAAUAUAGUAAAAUUAAGAUAUUAUGGCAUUAAACAUAAUUUUAGUUAGAUACCGUAUUGGCUGAUAUAAAUUUAUAGGCUUUGAAAAUUGAGGAAAAUUUGAAGAAACAGGACAGAUACAGUAAAAUUAAAAAUACAUAGGUAAAUUUUGGUCUGAAAUCUUUAUGAGUUUUUUUUUAACCUGCUACACUAAAUCACACACUAUAAUUUCUCUUGUUUAGUAUAGAAAUACUGAAUGGUUUGCAAGUCACGGAUAAUCCUCUAAUAAUAUUGUUGGCCAUUGCUCGUGAUUUUGUAAUUAGUACUGUGUGCCUAGUUUGCCACUUCUUCCUCAGAUGAUUAAAUUACGUCAGCAGUUUAUUUUUGACAACUAUAAAAAUAAUAGGGAAAUGAUUCCAGUAUAUGCUUCAUCAGUGAUGGAGGUUACUAUAGCUCUGUAGCAGAAACUUGCAGAGAAUGGGUUUAUAGGGUCAUUCAGUCAAUUCAGAGACUUGGAAAGUUCUGUAUGAGGGUCUGGCUGGCAGAAUUAACUUUUUGAAAAAGUUUUAUACACAGAUAUUUGUAUUAAUAAAUUGGAGCCAUAGUCCGAAGACUCAGAUCAUAAUUGGCUUAUUUUUCUAUUUCCUUAACUAUUGUAAUCUCCACUUUUAUAAUAAUUUUAAUUUGAAAGAAAUUUAUUUAUUUUUUUAACAGUCAGAAAUUCUUGCUGUUGUAGUCUGCAGCCUUUAAAAUGAUUGUGUUGCUUUUAGGACACUAAAGAAAGAAAGCUCCAGAAGUUGAAAGCAUGGUGCAGCAAGAUCAAAGUAAUACAGUUAACAAAGAAAGUGCUACAGCCUCUUUAUGAUGAUAGUUUCCUAAAUGCAGAGUCAUUUGGCUGUAUCCACAUAGACGUUUCUAUUUUUUUUAAAUGAAAACUUGUUUCUUUGGCAAUAUUCCUAAAGGAAAUGAUUUUGUUCCUCUUACCUGAUUCUGUAGUUGUAAGACGUAUCAUGGUUAUCGGUGCUGUGUAACAAUGGAUUGUAAUGAGCAUGUGGUUCAGAAUACAUGAUGCUAAGUUUUUAAAAUAUCUUAAUGGUUCUUUUCUAUUUAUAAUUUCAAACUUUCAUAAAAUACACCAAGAAUUUCAUAAAUUUGUUUUCAGUGAACUGCUCUUUUUGCCGAAGUAGGUCAUUAAACACAGGAUUUAUUCUUAUAAAUGGAAAUUUCUGAUCAUCUAGAAUAUUGACACAUUUCAAUUUGUGGUGUCUUUUUUUUUUUGGACUGGAUAUAUUAGUGUUCCUCUGAAUGGUAUUGAUAAGUAGUUCAGAAGAGAAGUUCAGUGAAAUAAAAGUAAUAUUUAUUCAUGGUGAUCAAUUAAUUAAGUUAUUUGCUUAACUUAAAACUACUGUGCAUAAUUCUCAAUUUUUUUGUAACUCAAUUUGCCAUGAGGUGACAGUAGAGAGUCUGAGUCUACUUGUGGAUAUGUUGGUUUAUUUCAGUGCUUGAAAAUAUACUCAAAGGUAAUUGGUUUGGGAAGACGCCAUAUAAUUUUAAGUUAACCUGCAUGCUGUAAAUGUGUUUUAUGUCUAAAUAAAAAGGAAACAUUUUUGAAAUGUAA